UGCAUAACGCUCUGGUCGGAAGAAUUUCCUGACGGACGAAUCCAUUGCCUAACUUCUGAAAUCCAGCUUUUCUUCAAAGUAAUGAUUACAAAGCGGUAACGUAGGGCCACGAAUGCCCUUAUCAUUGCACUAUUUUAGCUCACUGAUUGCUGUUUAAAAUGCCCUCGAGGAUUAUAUGUAAAGGUACAGCUGCGGCUGUUGCUGCAACAAGAAUAAGGAAUAUUUUGGGACCUGUUAUGUCGAAGGGUGAAUGGCUAUGUUCCGUUUAUGGUCAUCAUGUUAAAAGCAAGUUUUUAAACACCUCCUCAGGUGACACUGUUAAAAUUGGAGACCUUUCAUAUCAGCUCAAAAAGCCAAGAAGACCAGAAUUUGUUCCCAUAAACCACAUUUUGGAUACCUUGCCCCAGACUGUUGUACAGCAUCUCCGAUGGAUUAUGCAAAAGGAUCUGUUGGGGCAAGACAUGUUCCUCAUUGGACCUCCAGGCCCGCUGAGACGUUCCAUAGCAAUGCAGUACCUGGAGUUGACAAAACGGGAAGUUGAAUAUGUUGCUCUCUCUCGUGACACCACUGAAACAGAUCUGAAACAACGCAGAGAGAUACGAGCUGGAACGGCCUUCUACGUUGAUCAGUGUGCAGUCCGUGCAGCCAUUGAGGGGCGCAUCCUUGUCCUGGAAGGACUGGAAAAAGCUGAGAGGAAUGUGCUACCAGUUCUAAACAACCUGUUGGAGAAUAGAGAAAUGCAACUGGAGGAUGGACGAUUUCUUAUGGCGGCACAGCGCUAUGACAAACUCCUAGAGGAGCACACCAAAAAGGAACUUGAUUCUUGGAAAAUUGUACGUGUGAGUGAGGAUUUCCGUGUUAUUGCCCUGGGGCUGCCUGUUCCAAGAUACACUGGGAACCCACUUGACCCACCUCUACGAUCACGCUUCCAAGCUCGAGACAUCUACUACCUCCCUUUCAAGGACCAGCUGGAGUUGUUAUAUGUUAUAGGACCAAAUGUUGCAGCACAAAGGGUAUCACAGCUAUUGUCUUUUGCAACCACCCUAUGUUCACAAGAGUCUGCUAAUUUGGCCUUGCCUGAUUUCCCUGUGGAUAACCUGGGUCCAGCUGUCAAAGUCUUGAAUCUUUUCUCCAUGCUAUCCCCACCACAGCUCAUCCAGAGAUUGUAUCCCUAUCACAUCAUACUUGGCAAAGAGGGGCGCACGGCUGUGGAGGGAUUACUCCAUCGAUUUGAGCUUUUUGAGUCUCCUGAGUGCCAUGUUUCUGAGGUGGUCAACGUGGAAUCGGUCAGUUCAAAGAUUACAGCUCAAGUGGCUGUUACCAUCCAUGCUGCAGGUGAUAACAUCACUUUUCAGGUGCCAUGUGGAAGUCGCCCACCCCGUCCACCCCAUAGGAGCCUUGGCUUCAUCAGGACACCCACUCAUUCUCACUUGCUUGCAGAGAUGAUGCAGUCUCAUUUUGUCAAAGACAUUUGUCUUAUUGGAGCCAAGGGGUGUGGCAAAUCUGUUUUUGUUCGUGAGUUUGCUGAGAUGCUGGGGUAUACCAUCGAGCCUAUGAUGCUGUAUCAGGACAUGACUGCUCGGGACUUACUUCAGCAACGUUACACAUUGCCCAAUGGGGACACAGCUUGGAGGGCUUCCCCUCUAGUUAAUGCAGCUCAGGAGGGCAAAUUGGUGGUACUAGAUGGCAUUCACAGGGUCAACCUAGGCACACUGGCCGUUCUCUCCAGACUGCUUCAUGAUCGAGAGUUGGCACUGUAUGAUGGCACCCGUUUGCUCAGGUGGGACAGGUACCAGGCUAUGAAGCAGGAGCUGCAGCUGUCUGAUGAAGAACUGCAAAAGAGGUCUGUGUUUUCUGUGCAUCCAUCUUUCCGUGUGGUGGCCUUGGCUGAGCCCCCAGUGCCAGGCAGCAGUACCAAGCAGUGGCUGGGCCCUGAGAUACUUACAAUGUUCCUCUUCCACACAGUCAGCCAGUUAGGAAAAGCUGAGGAGACCGCUAUUAUCCAGGCCAUGGUCCCAAAUGUCCCUAACACAGCUGUGGACCAGUUGCUUCAACUCAGCCACAGACUCAAGCAAACAAAUGACCCCACAUACCAGUCUUUGGCCUCAUCACUCUCCACCAGACAAUUGCUUAGGAUAUGUCGACGUAUCUCACAGUAUCCAGAAGAGAGUAUUGCACAUGCUGUGAACAAGGCUUGCCUGUCCAGAUUUUUGCCCAGCUUGGCUCGUACUGCUCUGCAGAAGACCCUUGCUGAUUGUUCCAUACAGGAGCUGGCACAGUCAGCUACUCAUCAGAAUUACACAUGUGUGGUUACAGAGGGCAUACUGACUAUAGGGUCGGUGUCCGUUCCUGUUUACAAACCAGAUGAGAAGAUGAAGGUUCCUGAUGUGCUCUUCUAUGAGAACCUACAGCACAUGAUCGUAAUGGAGGACAUGCUGAAGGAUUUCUUGCUAGGAGAACAUCUGCUGUUGGUGGGAAACCAAGGUGUGGGGAAGAAUAAGAUUGUUGACCGUUUUUUACAUCUGAUGAACCGGCCAAGAGAAUACCUGCAACUUCAUAGAGACACAACAGUGCAGACCUUAACCCUGCAGCCCUCAGUACGAGAUGGGAUCAUUGUAUAUGAAGACUCACCUUUGGUAAAAGCAGUAAAAAUGGGACAUAUCUUGGUCAUUGAUGAAGCCGACAAAGCCCCUACUAAUGUCACAUGUAUACUGAAGACCCUUGUAGAGGAUGGAGAGAUGAUUCUGGCAGAUGGAAGGAGGAUUGUGUCAGAAGCCGUUGAAAUGCCCAAUGUCAUUGUCAUGCACCCAGACUUCAGAAUGAUUGUUUUGGCCAACCGGCCUGGAUUUCCAUUUUUGGGGAAUGACUUCUUUGGUGCACUUGGUGAUAUCUUCAGUUGUCAUGCUGUUGACAAUCCCAAGCCGGAAGCAGAGCUUGCAAUGCUAAGACGAUAUGGGCCAGAUGUCCCAGAAGUAAUUCUGCAAAAGCUAGUGGCUGCUUUUGGAGAAUUGCGAACCAUGGCAGACAAGGGUACUAUUACAUACCCUUACUCAACAAGGGAAGUGGUCAAUAUUGUGAAACACCUUCAGAAAUUCCCAAAUGAAGGACUUGCCAAUGUGGUACGAAAUGUUUUUGACUUUGACUCCUACAACAAAGAUGCACGUGAGGUGCUGAUUACAGCACUGCACAAGCAUGGAAUCCCAAUUGGAGCAAAGCCCAGCAGUGUGCACCUUGCUAAGGAGUUGCCUCUUCCUGUAUGCAAGAUGUCUGGAUACUGGACCAUAAAUCAAAGUGGAAAUGUACGGCGCAAACUCUUGUGCCCCACUGAAUCUUAUAAAAUAGACAUCAAGGGCCCAGUCUUCCUGCGUGUUCAGCCUUAUGACAUUGAGAGAAAUGAGUCUAGAGCUGUGAGCUUCACUGAAGAACAUGCCCACUGGCAGAUUCCUAUGAAUGAGGUCAACAUUGUAUGUGAUGUCACCACUGCAAAGGAUGUCAUCUUCGUAGCCACAUGUAAUCCAGUGUCCAUUUAUGCCAUGAAAGAAAGGGCAAAUGUGUUACAUUGUGUGGACCUCUAUGAAAUCUUCCCAAGAACCCUCAGUGGUGCUUGGCAGCCUCUGGUCACCAUAGCACCACUUGGUGGACCUCUUGAAGGCCAGGUGAUUCUCCAUGAAGAAGAGAGUAACGCAGUGGUUCACUUGGACCUGGUGACUGGCGCUGCACGCAAGCUGCUUUUCACUCAAAAUAAAGAAGAGCAAACCCACAAGAGGAACCAGUCCCCUAAGUGGUGGAGCAGCAAGGACAGUGAGCCUAACUUCAAAAUGUGCUGUGAGUUUUCCCAAAAGAAUUGGCUGCUUUUCUACAAACAUGAUGGGAAUCAGCUGGAGGUCCUAGAUGUUUUGGAGGGACAAGUUCACAUCAUCUCACUUCCCAUCAACCUAAAAGCUGUCUUCCUGGUGGCUGAGGAUCGCUGGCUUCUGAUUGAGAACAAAACAAACAAGAAAUUCUUGUUGACCAAGCCCAUGCACAUGGGUGCAGAGGACUCUGGAGUUUGUCAGCUCCACACUAUCACUGAGGAAUCACAUGACAUGGGCUUUGGGAUGAGUUCAGGAUUUGAGACACCAAUUCCCCAGGAAAUAUCCAGUGACCAGUUGACCUCUGAGAACCUGAGUGCUGCUUUAGAUCAAAAGAUUAUCUCACCUAAUCGCCUCUUUUGUGAUAACAGCUCCUAUGCCGGGGCUAUUGUAGGUUUCCCUGAUCUGAUGUCGCCUAAUGAGGUAUUUACAUUUAAAAGAGAGACCCACCUCACUGAGGGUAGGGGUGGGGAUAUGUUCUUUGGAGGGAAUCGGCGGACAGGAACUGCUAAGAGGAUGAACUGUGCAACGUUAUUGAUGGCAAACCAGGUGGUGAGAGCUCUGCAGGCCUCACAAGUGCCUGUUGCUGACAUUUACCCAAAAGAUGUGACUCCACCUAUGACAGCUGCGUACUUGGAGGUGACCGACUUAAACUCCAAAAAGGUCAAAUAUAUCCCUGUUCCAAGGCCCUCUACUAUGUCCCCCUACACUGCCUGGAUUUCAAAGUUGUCAGACACAGAUGUGCUGCUGGCCCCUCUUGGAACAGGAGGUGUAGUGACUGUGGAUAUGGGAGGCUAUGUACGCUUGUGGGAGACUGGACUAGACAACUUGCAGCGCUCCUUGAUGGAGUGGAGGGGAAUGAUUGGAUCUGAGGAUGGUCGCCCUAUACAAAUUACUAUCCAGAGGGACAGUGGCCUGGAUGUCAGCUCUCCAAAACAUGGCAAGGUUGAUCCCAACAAUGAUCCCCAUGUAGGAGGAAACCAGUGGGCUGGGGGCACAGGUGGCAGGGACACAGCAGGACUUGGGGGCAAGGGAGGCCCCUACCGUUUGGAUUCUGGACACAAAGUUUACCAGGUCUCCCAGAUGGAGAAGGAUGCUGUACCUGAUGAGGUCAAACAGGCAGCACGUGAGAUGGGGGAGAAGGCUUUUAAAGAGCGACUUAAAGAAAUUCAAAUGACUGAGUAUGAUGCCUCCACUUACGAGCGUAUUUCUGGAGCAGUACGUCGGCAAGUUCAGUCUCUACGAAUCAUUCUGGACAGCCUUCAGGCAAAAGGCAAAGAAAGGCAGUGGCUGAAGAAUCAGGCUCUGGGUGAACUAGAUGACUCAAAAAUAAUUGAUGGACUGACCGGAGAAAAAGCCAUCUAUAAACGCAGAGGAGAGCUGGAACCAGAGCUCGGCACCCCACAGCAGAAGCCCAAGCGGUUGCGUCUCUUGGUAGACGUUUCAGGCAGCAUGUACCGGUUUAAUGCGGUAGAUGGCCGAUUGGAGCGCUCGAUGGAGGCUGUGUGCAUGGUGAUGGAGGCACUGGAGAACUACGAGCAUAAGUUUAAAUAUGAUAUUGUAGGCCAUUCAGGAGAUGGAUUUGAUAUUGAAUUAGUUAGAAGUGACAAAGUCCCUAAGAACAACAAAGAGAGACUGCAAGUUCUGAAGACCAUGCACGCUCAUGCUCAAUUCUGCAUGAGUGGUGACUUUACUCUAGAGGGCACAGAGCAUGCAGUGCAGGAGCUUGCAAGAGAGGAGGCUGACGAGCAUUUUGUGGUGGUGCUGAGCGAUGCCAACCUAGAGCGCUAUGGUAUCAGCCCAGAUCGCUUUGCCCGUAUACUUACAAUCAACCCGCAGAUCAAUGCCUUUGCUGUCUUCAUUGGAUCACUUGGAGACCAGGCUGAAAGGCUUCAGAGAAUGCUGCCUUCAGGCCGAUCUUUUGUGGCCAUGGACACAAAGCAGAUCCCUCAAAUACUGCAGCAGAUCUUCACCUCCACCAUGUUGUCUAGUGCCUAAGGUGGCCUGCUCCAUAUAAUCCCAGCAUCCUUAAGUCUAUACUUUGGCUCUGGAAUAACCCCGUCAUGCUGUGUUUCACCUUCAGAUAGCAAAACAAGUGUUUUGGUUUUCCUGAUUACACCCAUUUGUAUCAGAUCUAAUGUACUAUUUUUGUCAUAACUUUCUAUUAAGAUUUUAUGCAUCAACCUGGUACACUGUCAUGAUGUGUAAAUGAUAUGCAAGUUGAAAACAUGAAUAAAACAUUGAAUACAGUGCUAACUCUGCCCUGCCACAAACACACAAGAAUAUGCAUACAUGCAGAUGAAGGAUUAAAAGAGCCAUAUCACAAAUUUGUAUCUAAAAAUAUGUAAUAUGCCAUGAAAUAUGUCAAAAGUUCAUUAAAUUAAUUUGUUUAAUUGUGGCAUGUAAAUGUGUCAACAUGUUUAUAAAGAAUAUAAGUGUGUUGACAAAUAUAUGUGAAGAGGCUAUGUGUGGUUUGUUUUUCAGUUCAAAACAUUCAAAAUGACCUAGAAAGCAAUUACCACCAACAGUUGCCACUGAUGGUACCAAGUCAGCAAGUUCCAAGUCUUUAGUUGUGUGGGAACAAGGUAAAAUAUGUGCUUCCCCUAAAUUAUAAACACAACUAUGUAAAUACAUUAUUUAUAAUGCAAAAUAAUAAUAAAAUCUUGUGUGACUUCCAAAA